UGUGACAUCCCCCUGUGGCCACAGCACGAGCGCCUCUUCUUUCCCAUUUUCCUCUUCCUAUACUUAAUGAUUCUGCUCGGCAACCUGCUGAUUGCCCUUCUCAUCCACUACAAUGUCCGCCUCUACCGGACCCCCAUGUAUUUCUUCCUCAGCCACCUGUCGUUGGCCGAUGUGGGGUUUUCCUCCUCUACUGUCCCCAAGAUGCUGCAUAACUUACUGACUCGUACCAAAAACAUAUCCUACGGAGGGUGUCUGGCACAAAUGUUCUUCUUCUUGGGCUUUGGAAACACGGAAAGUUUUCUCCUGGCCUCCAUGGCCUACGAUCGAUACGUGGCUAUUUGCCACCCACUUCGUUACACCGUCCUGAUGAAUCAGAAAAACUGUUUCCUCUUGGCUUCUGGGUGUUGGCUCCUGGGCUUUCUCCACUCCCUGCUCUACACCUUGAUGAUGUCUCGUCUUUCCUUCUGUGCCUCCCGGGAGAUCCCCCACUACUUUUGUGACCUCCACCCCUUAAUCAAGCUCUCCUGCUCAGACACCUCAGCAAUUCAGAUGACAACCCUCACCGAGGGGACAAUCACCAUGGUGGGACCAUUCACAGUCACCAUCCUCUCCUACGCCUUCAUUUUCUACAGGGUUCUCAAGAUCCCGUCAGCGGCUGGGAAGCGCAAGGCCUUUUCCACCUGUGGUGCUCACCUCACCACGGUGGUUUUGUUCUUUGGGACUGUAAUCGCGGUAUAUGUCCGCCCCUCCUCCACGUAUUCUGGCACCAAAGUUAGAGUAAUGUCUGUGGCCUACACAGCUGUGACUCCAAUGCUCAACCCCUUCAUCUACAGCCUGAGGAACAGCGAGAUCCAGCAAUCUCUCAGGAAGUGUCUAGGAGUCCUCUGA